AUGGAGCCUUCGCACAAAGACGCCGAGACGGCGGCGGCGGCGGCGGCGGCGGCGGACCCCCGCGCCGCGUCCUCGUCCAGCGGGGUGGUGGUGCAGGUCCGCGAGAAGAAGGGCCCCCUGCGCGCCGCCAUCCCCUACAUGCCCUUCCCGGUGGCCGUCAUCUGCCUCUUCCUCAACACCUUCGUGCCGGGAUUGGGGACGUUUGUCUCGGCCUUUGCCGUGCUGUGCGGAGCCCGCACCGACCUCCCGGACAGGCACGUAUGCUGCGUCUUCUGGCUCAACAUCGCAGCGGCCCUCAUCCAGACCCUCACAGCUAUCGUCAUGGUGGGCUGGAUCAUGAGCAUCUUCUGGGGCAUGGACAUGGUCAUCCUGGCCAUUUCCCAAGGCUACAAGGAGCAGGGCAUCCCACAGCAGCUGUGAGGCCGAAGGAGCCGCUGAGAAUUCCAGGGCGGUCCCAUGGGGGCCGUACCAGGCCGCGGGCGGCACCGGGACCUUUACACAUGCUCUUCUGCCGUGUCCUGGGGUCGGAGUGGAAGAGGGGUAUUUAAAAAACAGUAUUUAUUUUGAAAACGCAUCUGCUUUUCUUGGCAGGCUGCAAGACUGCCAACCCCCCGCCCCCCUACGCUCCAGAAAGACAGGCUCCCAG